AUGGAAUACGCCCACUAUCUGCCUCGGGACUUGGUGGUGUCCUUUCUGGGCCUUGUCUUCGUCUCCGUUGUCAUGCGAUCACUCCUGAUGUGGCAAAGGCGGACUCGGGGCAAGCUGUUACCUCCGGGUCCGCGACACUUACCCAUUCUUGGCUAUCUCAAUGCUCCCAAAUUCAAGCCGUGGUUUGCUUUCAAGGAGAUGUCCACACGAUACGGCUCCGAUAUAUUGUACUUCCGGAGGUUUGGCCAGCACAAUAUUGUGCUCUCCGACCCCUCCGUGAUCACAGAGUACCUCGUAAAACGGACUACGAAUACUUCAGAUAGGGUGCACAGCCCCUCUGUCACCUUGAGUACCCUCAACAGGAGGCUUGCGUUCAUGCCCUAUGCGGCAGAAUGGAGCGACUGCAGACGGGCGUUCUGGCAGCACUUCCAUCCCGGCGCUUUAGGACGAUACAAGCAUGUGCAAUUGGCAGUCGCUCACCGCUUUCUUCUGAAGCUGCUCGAGAAACCUGCUGGCUUCCAGCAACACAUACGAUAUACCUUCGCGGCGACCAUACUGAAGAUUACAUACGGCAUUGACAUUGACGACGAGAACGCUGAAAUUGUCCAGGUUGUCGAGAACGCUGGCAAGGGUCCUGGACAGACCCUGAUCCCUGGCAGGUUUCUGGUGGACUCCAUCCCAUUCCUACGUUUUGUGCCUGCGUGGAUGCCAGGGGCCGGAUUUCAGAGGCAGUUUGCUGAAUGGGGUGCUGCGAGCAGGAAGUUGAAGGAUUUUCCGUACGUACGUCGCAACACGGCAUUCACAGAUAACGCUCUGCCUUCUUGCGCAACGAUAGCCGACACCUUGCUUUCCGAGAAAGGAGAGACCGGAGAAUAUUCCUCGGGAAUAGGACAGGAAGAUCUCGUGAAGACUGUGUGUGGUGCUGCAUAUGUCGCUGGUGCAGAUACGACAUACUCGACACUGCAAGCUGCCUUCCUAGCCCUAUCCUUGUAUCCCGACGUCCAGAGGAAAGCACAAGCGGAGCUAUUCGCCGUGGUCGGACCUGACCGUCUACCCGACUUUGGCGACCGGGAGGCCCUCGUGUACGUCAACGCAUUGGUCAAAGAGAUGCUCCGGUGGUUCAACGUUACACCCCUUGGGAUGGCCCACCGCACAAUGGCGGACGAUGAGCUCAACGGUUAUUUCAUACCCGCUGGAACCAUGAUCACGCCCAACAUAUGGGCGUGCAUGCACGAUCCUGCAGAGUACGAAGACGCAGAUGAGUUUCGUCCAGAACGCUUCAUCCGCGAUGGGAAACUAGAUUCUACUGUCCGCGAUCCCCUGGCAUUCGCGUUCGGCUUUGGAAAACGGCACGGUCCUCCCGGGGACAGGAUCUGCCCCGGCCGCUACUUCGCAGAUACUGCCCUCUUUAUAAACGUCGCCUCCGUCCUGCACGUCUUCGACAUCACCCCUCCUCUGGACGAGAACGGCAACCCGAUCCGCGUCAAAAUGGAGAUGUCUGACGGCUUCAUAUCGUACCCCGAGGACUGCCGCUGCACAAUCCGCCCCCGCUCGGAGAAGGCCGCAGCGUUGAUCCUGAAAACUCAAGGCUAA